GUGAUUGCGAGCUUUGGUCGCUGUUGCUAGACGAUGGCAUCUUGGCUGAAGCUCUGCUCUUUCUUCUUCUCUCUCACUGCGUGCCUUGACGGCCAGCGGCUUGCCAUGUCGGCAGCAGGGACCAAAAAAGGGCUGGCGGCUGAUGCUUGUGGCUGGAGGGGUUUAUCACCAAUUGGAAAGAAUCCUGGGCUCCUCAAUAUCACCUUUAAGUAUGACAACUGUACACCUUAUUUGAAUUCAGUGGGGAAGCAUGUCAUUGGUGAUGUACAAAACAUCACCAUUAGCCAGCAUGCAUGCUCUGAUCAAGUUGCAGUAACAGUACUGUGGACAGCAAAUCCCAUGGGAAUUGAAUUUCUGAAGGGAUUUCGAGUAAUACUUGAAGAGUUAAAGUCGGAGGGAAGACAGUGUCAGCAGCUGGUUUUAAAAGACCCAAAGCAGCUCAAUUCAAGUUAUAAAUGGACUGGCAUGGAAUCUCAGCCUUUUCUAAAUCUGAAAUUUGAAACAGAUUAUUUUGUAAAGAUUGUUCCUUUUCCUUCCAUUAAAAAUGAAAGUAACUACCACCCAUUUUUCUUCAGAACGAGGCCUUGUGAAUUGCUUCUGCAGCCUGAAAAUCUUGCUUGCAAACCUUUUUGGAAGCCAAGGAAUCUGAAUGUUACCCAGCAAGGUUUUAAUAUGCAUGUGUCUUUUGACCACGCACCACAUAAUUUUGGAUUCAAAUAUUAUUAUCUGCACUACAAACUUAAAAAUGAAGCACACUUCAAACAAAAGGCUUGCAAACAGGAAAAAAAUACAGAAUUCACAAGCUGUAUUCUUCACAAUGUCUCAUCAGGAGAUUAUAUAAUUGAGCUGGUUGAUGAUACAAACACAACAAGGAAGACAAUGCAUUAUGCACUAAAGCCAGUUCAUUCCCCAUGGGCAGGGCCAAUAAGAGCAAUAGCAAUUACUGUUCCCUUGGUGGUCAUCUCUGCUUUUGCAACCCUUUUUACAGUGAUGUGUCGUAAAAAGCAGCAAGAUGAGGAAAGUUCAGAAUCGUCAACCUACUCUGCAGGCCUCCAUGUGGAAAGGCAAGGGCCCCGUCCCAAAGUGUUUAUUUGCUAUUCCAGUAAAGAUUGUCAGAAGCACAUUAAUGUCAUCCAGUGCUUUGCUUAUUUUCUUCAGGACUUCUGUGGUUGUGAGGUUUCUUUGGAUUUAUGGGAGGACCUGAGGCUUUGUAAAGAAGGGCAGAAAGAAUGGCUUCAUCAGAAAAUCAAUGAGUCCCAGUACAUCAUUGUUGUGUGUUCUAAAGGAAUGAAGUAUUUUGUGGAAAAAAAGAACUGGAGGCACAAAGGGUCCAGGGAAAGGGAUUCUGGAAAAGGAGAACUCUUUCUGAUUGCCAUAUCUACAAUAGCAGAGAAACUGCGUCAGGCAAAACAGAAUUCACAUGACCUCUGCAAGUUCAUAGCAGUUUACUUUGAUUACUCCUGUGAGGGUGACAUUCCUGGUAUUCUGGAUCUAAGUACAAAAUACAAGCUCAUGGAUAACCUACCUCAACUUUAUUCUCAUUUACAGUCCAGAGAUCUUGGCCUUCAUGAUUCAGAACUGUAUCCUGUGCAUAUUAGCAAAAGAAAUUAUUUCAGGAGCAAAUCUGGGCGGUCUCUUUAUGUAGCCAUUUGCAACAUGCAUCAGUACAUUGAUCAGGAACCUGACUGGUUCGAGAAACAAUUUGUUCCUUUUCUUCCAGUUCCUUUACAUUACCAAGAGGCUGUGAUGGAAAAAUUUGACUCUGGGUUGGUGCUAAAUGACUUAAUCAGCAAACAAGUGACUGAUGGGGAUUUCUGCCUGAAAGCAGAUGCAAAUAUUAUCCUGUCUUUAAAUUCAGACUCUCAAUGUAUGAUGCAGCAUUUGAAUCUUGGAGAGGACAGAGAAUCUGAGGAUAUUCAAAAUAGCAGCUCCAUUCUCCAGCCCUUGUUGCAUGUUGUAAAAGCUGCCAAUCUUCCAGAUAUGCCUCGGGACUCUGGAAUUUAUGAUUCUUCUGUUCCUUCUUCUGAGUUGUCAUUGCCUUUAAUGGAAGGCCUCUUAGCAGACCAUACUGAAACUUCUUCAGUUACAGAGAGUGUCUCCUCUUCGUCGGGAUUGGGAGAAGAAGAACCUUCCAUGCUUGCGCCAGCUAACACCAUUGUACCUGAUGUAUGUAAAGCAGAACUUCAUUGCCAUAUUCGCACUGAUGAACUGCAGGCAAUUGCACCUUUAUAACACAUUGCAAGAUUUUUAUGCAUUGCCACUUUAUCAGCUGCCUUGAUGCAUGCAUUAUUCUCUACAUCAUCACAGCCACAUGACCAACUUGAAGGAAUGGAUGCUUUCUUGGAGGAUUGCCUGUUAUUUCUAAGGGGAGUUUAUGGCCAGUAGAUUUUUCUAAAUAGGUUUUUUAAAAAUAAAGAAUUUUCUGGUUUGAUAUACUGUAACUAUUGUAAAUAACUGAACUUCUUCCUAAAACCAACUUGGAUUACAUGAUGAAUUUAUAUAUACAGAAAUAUGCACACAACUUUCUAAUAAGAAAAGUAUAUCUUGAAGACAUAUAAGGUGAUUAGCCAGAAAAGUUUGGCUGCUUUGACAUUCAGAGUGUCUUAUAAUGGUGCUGCUGGAUUUGAAAAACCAGCAGAAUUUGAGGAAAAGGUGGGUGGGAUUGACAGUGAAAAAAUGCCAAAGACCAGCCCUAUUUUUUUAAAAAAUAGGCUUUUAUUAACAAAGAAAUACCUCCAUUUUUGUUAAACUUUGUUUUAUGCUUAUCUGACCGAGAGUUUCUGGUAAAAAAGCUUACCCGCUGUGUUUUCCCCCUUUUAUGGUACGUGUCCUAUGUUAACUUGUGGACAUAUUGAUAGUAAUCUUUGUUUUGCCAGUUCAGCAUGAAAACUAAUAUUAAUGUAGACAGAGUAUGUAUACUAGUUCUCCCAUGACUUUCAUUUUAGGAUUAAUUUGUUGCUUGUGGAAACUUGCAUCUCUGUAACUGCUUCUAGCUGCCUGCUUUUGUAGAAGCUAAAGUACUACUUGAAGUCUAGUAGAUAUAUGUCUGAUGAAAUGCCUGUAACAUGAUGCUAAAAAAUAAGGCAUGGCUCACAUCUGUUUUGCAUACAUAAGAUCCCAGGUUCAAUCUUGAACAUCUCCAGUUUAAAAACAUCAGGUGAUGCAAAAGACCUUUAUGUGAGAACCUGCAGAGAAACUGCCAGUCAGAAUAGCCAACAGUGACCUUGAAGCAUGAAGCCAGGUUCAGUGUGUUUACUAAGUGGAACUUCUGCCUGUAUGAUCCCAUUAGGCACUGACACAAUGGGUUUGUCAUAUACAUUUUAUUAUGCAUAUGUACAUUACAUUACUCUAUAUUCCCAGAGUUCGUAUUUAUUAUUCAAAGAGUUAAUCUCAAGCAAGAAAAAUAAUUUAUGUGAAGGAACUAGGAAUUCACAAAUGGUAGUUUGUAUAUGUAAUAUAUACAAAUUGUUAAAUUCUCUAAAAUCCUCCAUUGUUACAGACCUCAAUACAAAUAGCAACCAACUUGGCCAGUAAGAUCAGCCUCCUGUCCAACCCAAACUAUGAACAGUAAAGUAAUAAUGUAGUAGAAAUUGGCAGUCCCAGAUUGUGAAGUUUUCAUGUAUCAUAAGUAACAAAAGUACUUCCGUAGCAUCUAGAAGAUGCCCAGCAGCAUGGAAUUAUAGUAGCAUCUCUUGAAUGGAUUAGAUGUAAUUCAAGGCUCUACACAGCUCUGUUUUGACAUACAACCAAAUACUGUAACCAUUGUUUUGAAAUCUGGCUUUCGGCUUCCUCUGCCAUUUCAAUGCAAUGCUAGUUGCAGUCUUGUCACAGAUUUAGCAAAAUCCCCCACUGAAACCCUUUUGUCCAUUGUAUCAGUGCACAGUUGUUGAAGGUCAGUCUUAGUAGCAAUAUUAAUUCAAAAUGCUGGAAGAUUAUUUCAGCUAGCAGUAAUGUGUGUGAGAGCAGAUGCAUACCAUAAGCAUGUUCUUUAAUCAUAAGAGGUAUGGAGCCUUUUGCUCUUUAUUGUUUGCCACAGUUCUUCAAGACCCACUCAGGAUCAGCACAAAAGGCAUUUGAAGUCUAAUAAACACUCAGUUCUUAAACAAA